GCUCCAACCCCAACACUGCUCGAUCAUUCGAGAUGGACCCCGCCAUCGCUGCAGAGCUGGACAGGUGCGCUGACGGUAUCCCCUUUCGCGCUGUCAGAAAUCACACUCAGUCAACAUGGGCCCGUACAUUCCACUCGUCUCCCGAACUCUACAUCCAACCCGAGUCCAUCGAGGAAGUUGAAAAGCUGAUCAACCUCGCGCGAAGAUGCAGGCGUCGGGUCACGACAGUGGGGAGCGGGCAUUCGCCUUCGGACCUGACCUGCACCUCGAGCUGGCUUGUGAAUCUGGAUAAUUUCAACAAGAUCCUGUCGGUGGACAAGGAGAAAUGCGUGGUGGUUAUGCAGAGUGGGAUACGGUUGGAGACAAUUGGUCAUGAGCUUGACAAGCAUGGACUUGCUAUGCCGAACCUAGGCAGUAUCAACCACCAGUCUAUUGCAGGAGCUAUCUCGACUGGUACACAUGGCAGUACGCUCCGUCAUGGGAUUCUCUCUGAGUCGAUCCUGUCCCUCAAAAUCACUCUCGCCAACGGCAAGACGGAAACGUGCUCCCCAACCCAGAAUGAAGAACUCUUCCGUGCCGCACUCAUCUCCCUCGGCGCCCUUGGGAUCAUCACAGAAGUGACAUUCCAAGCCGCGCCGGCCUUUACACUUGCCUGGAAACAGGUCAUUGAUACUGAUCUUAAGAUGCUCAAUUCAUGGAAUGGUACGCUGUGGACACAGGCCGAAUUCGUCCGAGUAUGGUGGUUCCCAUACACCCGCCGUUCCGUCGUUUGGACCGCCUCUAAAACCGAUCUGGCCCCUCAACCGCCUCCAAAAUCCUACUAUGAUGCCUGGCUUGGCUAUUACGUCUAUCACAACCUCCUCGCGGCCGCACAGUGGUUCCCGAGAAUCCUGCCGUGGGUAGAAUGGUUUGUGUUUGGCAUGCAAUAUGGCUUCCCGAACGGAAGCACCACCUCUGCGGUCCAGCCUUCGCGCGAAGCAUUGUUGAUGAACUGCCUGUACAGUCAGUUUGUGAAUGAGUGGGCGAUUCCUCUUUCUAAAGGCCCCGAAGCUCUCAGGAGAUUGAGCUCAUGGUUAAACCACUUGACCCCCGAGGAUCCGGAUUAUGUCCCGCAUAACAUACCAUUCUCAGCGGAUGGGCUGUACGUGCAUGCCCCGGUCGAAGUUCGCGUGUCAGACACAUCUAAAAGCAAGACUCCAAGACCGUAUCUGGAUCCGACGUGCACGGAGGAACCAACACUUUACUUGAACGCUACGCUCUACAGACCGUAUUACCGCGAUCCCCCUUGUAGAGAGAGGUACUACCAGGCAUUUGAGUAUCUGAUGAAGGAUCUCGGGGGCAGGCCGCACUGGGCAAAGAACUUCGAGUGUAGUGGAAAGGAUCUUGAGGGGAUGUAUGGAGAGCAAUUGGCAGAAUGGAGGAGAGUAAGAGGGGAGCAUGAUCCGGAGGGCAUGUUCCUGGGGGAAUGGCAUCGGAGGGUUAUUAUGGGUGAUGGACCGAGAUUAGCUUUGGAGGAACGGGAAUCGAGUCGUGGAAAGUUUUGGAAGGGAGGAGUCAAGGUUGAAGGUGUGGUUAUGGGUUCUCCGGAGGGAAAGACGUUGAGGGGGAAGAGCAGCGAGGAGAGCUUUGAGCAUUUGACUCCUUCGGAAGUGGAUAUAAAGCACGAGUAG